GUAGCGGACGACUUGUCCAAGGAGGAGCCUGCUCGUCUAGGAGCUCGAGCAUGCUCUUUUUCCAAAUGAGUAGCAGCAUGCUGUUCAUCUUGCAGUAGCGGAUGACUUCUUCUUCUUGCCCAAAAUAUGACCUGAAAACCUCGGUUGCCCGACUUGAUUGAUUGAUUGGCUUCAAAGCUAAUCUAUAUGUCAUUGGUUAUCUUGAUGCUCUUGUGAAGAUCCUUCUUCUUCAACUUUUCAUCAUAGAUACUGCUAAGUAUUUAAAAAAAGAUGUCGGAUGCCAGUGUCAGUUCGAAGAGCAAAAGCAUUCUGAAAAAGACGAGUACGGAAUCGAUCCCAGAGACGAGCCCAGAGACGAGCCCACCAACGAGCCCAAAGACGAGCACAAGAACCCCUAGUCCUACAAUUAUGACCAGAGUCCUCUUUGCGAAUGGACCUCAGCCACUGAGUCUCUAAUGUGCGCCUGUGAUCUUGAUUUAAACGUGGCAUCAUCGUGUCAGUCUUUUCAAAGUGAGCUGCAGUGAAACACCAUGAGGAUAAGGUCCUUUGCUGCGAGUAGAUAUAGAUGAUACAUAGAGGUCAAAAAUUGAUGCAAUUUGAGCUGUUGAAGCCACUAAUCCAAACGCUACUAGUAAUGGGAAGACGAAUAGCAAAAGCAUCACCAAUGGGAGAGAAGAUAGAGACGAUGUUACCAGGAGAGACGACGUUAAGCGGGAAGACGAUGCUGGGGAAGACGAAGACGAUGUCGGGAAUAAAGACGAGGGUGACGUUGUUGUCGAGGACAUCGAGUGGACGCCUACCCGGCAGCUGUUGUCUCUUUUGGGGACAUUUUUUACCAUUUUCGACGGCGUCUGGAUGUUAGGAACGGUAGACCCUACAGUUGAAUAAUCUAGAAUUGAUUCAACAAAACUUACUAUGGUUGUAACAUGGUCGGACACGGACUCCUCGUUGUUUACGCAGUCAAAGAUGAAUUGACUCGACAAACGUUGGUCCUCUAACGUUGCUUGUAAUGAUACACGGAGUUGCAGAUCGAGCAAGGAGGCGGCAGCAUAAUGAUCCCACCGCAGCAGUUACAAAAGAGUUAUGGCCACCUGGUUCAGGGGACCUUCUUUAAUGCUGGUUUAUGUUAGUUAAGUCUAAUUGAUCGACCUAUUUGAUUACAAAAAAAGUAGUAGUCUAGGUCUAGCUCUACUAGGUCGUAAGCUCCUCUUUUGUAGUAGUCUUCUAGACCCGCCCUCUUCUAAUGCAAUCUGUGCGACUCUACUGCUCUUUUGUAGUAGUCUAGACCCGCCCUCUUCUAAUGCAAUCUGUGCGACUGGUAGUGGAGCGAUGUGCGCUCCUCUUCGCGAG